AUGCGUGAUAUCAGAAGUUUUUCAAAUGAGAUAAGCACAUUAACAAAUUUGAGGCAUCGGAAUAUUGUGAAGCUCUACGGCUUUUGUGCUCAUAAUAGACAUUCAUUCUUGAUUUAUGAGUAUUUACAAGGGGGGAGUCUAGCACAAAUUUUGAAUAAUGAUGAGAAAGCAUUGCAGUUGGGAUGGUUGGAAAGGAUAAACGUAGUUAAAGCUGUGGCUAAAGCUUUAUCAUACAUGCAUCAUGAUUGUUUACCUCCUAUUAUUCAUCGGGACAUAUCAAGCAACAAUAUUUUGUUUGAUUCUGAGAAUGAAGCUCAUGUAUCUGAUUUCGGGACAGCGAGAUUUUUGAGUCCUGAUUCGUCAAAUUGGACUGCAUUUGCUGGAACAAUGGGAUACAUAGCUCCAGAGUUUGCUUACACUGCAGAGGUAAACUGCAAAUGUGAUGUGUAUAGCUUUGGUGUGGUAACACUAGAAGUGCUUAUGGGGAAACAUCCCGGUGACGUUGUUACAUACACUUCUUCAUCCUCACUCACAGCAACUGCUGGAAUGCUUCUGAUGGAUUUGUUGGACCCUCGACUCUCAACUCCAAAAAGACACGAAGCACAGCAACUUGUGUUGGUUGCAAAGAUAGGAGUCUCUUGUAUGAAUUCCAAUCCUCAAUGUCGGCCAACUAUGCAACAAGUUUCUAUGAUGCUAUCCAAGGAAAGGGAUUUCCCCAAUUUUUCCCCUGAGAUCACUUUAUGGCAGUUGUUUGAUCUUGAAUUUCAGAAUCCAUAA